AUGCGGCUCAUCUUGAAUCUUUUUCUCACAGCUGUGCUGGGUCUUGUAUCUGCGGCCAGUGCGACACCAUGUCAGGUGCUUGAUGUCGGCUUCGACUUCAUAAUCAUCGGAGGUGGAACAGCUGGCCUUGCACUGGCCUCCCGACUCAGCAAGGCUCUGCCAAGUCAUUGUGUUUUGGUAAUCGAAGCUGGCCCGGACGGACGCCACGAGCAACGAAUUUAUAUACCCGGGUUAAGAGGUUCGACCUUUGGCUCCUCUUAUGAUUGGAGUCUCCCAACUGUGCCACAGGCUGCAGCAAACAAUCGGACUAUAGGUCACAACCGUGGUAAGGUCCUAGGGGGCACCUCGGCCCUGAAUCUGCUUGUCUGGAACCGUGCCACUGUCAAGGAAUACGAUGCAUGGGAAGAGCUUGGGAACCCGGGGUGGGGGUGGCAGAAUAUGUAUCCAAGUAUGCUGAAAACCGAAAACUUUCAACGCCAAAAUGGCACCGCACAGUACGGCGUCGACGGUGUUGGAUAUGGCGGCCCGAUCCAAGUCGCUCUGACCGAAAAUCCACCGCCCCAACUCCAAGCUUGUAUCCCAACUCUGACCAGUCUUGGACUGCAAGAGAACCUUGACUCGUUGAAUGGCAACAACCUUGGUGUCAUGUACCAGCCGGCCACGUAUCGCGCGUCCAAUCACACACGGUCCUACUCAGUUGAUUAUAUUCCAGAAGCUGGCGAUAACCUGGCUUUCAUGUUUAACACUACCGUUCAUAAAGUGCAGCUCAACACGAAGGGGUCGAAGGCGACUGGUGUCGUGCUCAUGAACGGCACAUUAGUGAAAGCCAGGAGGGAAGUAAUUGUCGCAGCCGGGAGCUUACUUUCCCCAAAGAUACUGGAACUUUCCGGAAUAGGUCAGAGAACCGCGUUGAACGACGCUGGUAUCAAGCAAGUUAUCGAACUCCCUGGGGUUGGCGAGAACUUACAGGAUCAUCUCCGAAUCCAAACAACAUACGAACUCAAACCUGACGUACUUGGGGUAGAUGUUCUGAAAUACAACACGACAUUGGCAGCUAUUGAGUUGGAACGUUGGAAACGUGGCCAGCCAUCUUUGUACCAAUACGCUGGUAGCUGUUAUGGCUUUCUGAAGUGGAAACAGGCUCUUGGCGACGACAGCAAGCUCGUCCAACUGGCGAUGCAAUCAGCGAAUAUGUCAAACCCUGUGGACCGGAAGAAGCUUGAGCUGCUCACUGGCCAUGGAUCUGGAGCGCCAGAUAUCGAGGUCGUAUUCAGCGAUGGUUAUAUUGGAACGACUGGAUAUCCAAAGAACGGUACAACUGGCUACGGCAAGCAGUAUGUGACACUUCUUGCUGGUGUCCAGCACCCAUUCGCCAGAGGAUCGGUACACAUCAAUGGAUCUGACCCUCUGAACAAGCCCCUAGUGAACCCGAGAUAUCUAAGUACAUCCUAUGAUCUGGAGGCUUUGAUAUUAGCAGCAAAGUAUACGCGAAGAAUGGCUAAGACUGCUCCUUUCAAGAACGUCUGGGUUUCCGAAUUCGACCCUGGUAUGGACACCGAAACAAACGCAGACUGGGAGACGUACAUCAGGGAUAACGUAUUUACAUUCUACCAUCCACUAGGUACUUGUGCGAUGUUGCCGAAGAAAGACGGUGGCGUGGUUGACCCAAAACUGAGAGUUUAUGGCGUGGGGAAUCUCCGGGUUGUGGACGCGAGCGUAAUUCCGAUGAUCAUCUCUGCACACAUCCAGACAGCAAUCUAUGGCAUCGCAGAGAGGGCAGCGGAGAUCAUCAUGGCGGAGUACCGCUGA